CAUAGUAGCUGAUCAUACUAGGGUGCCGCACAUGGAGGUGAACCGAAUUAAUUCUGCCCGCAUAGUCCAAUGCUUAAUGGGAGAGAAAAAGUCUCUCUCCCUCUAUACAAUAGGAUUUUCGUACUACGCAGUGAUGUACUUCGGCUUCGAAGAAGUAUGGCAGGAGUUGGAGAAUACUGGGUCUUGGGUAGCCGAAUAUCCCUGCAGCUCAAGUAGUCCCUCCUAUGAAGAGAGAAUCUCCAAGCUAUCCACGCUUCUUAACAUGGACUAUCUUCAUCGGACCGAGCGGCUUAAAGCAGAUAUUAGUAGGCUUUAUUCCACCAAUCCCGACAUUGCCCGCCUGGUUAUCAAUGAGCUGCAAAUCAUGCGAAUAAAGGACGACAUUAAAAGUUGUAUAAGGGAGAAUCCGCACAAACUGCUCGCGCACGUCUGGGUCCUGUACUCUGCUUUAUUCAACGGGGGGCGUUUUAUUCGCCGUCGGAUAGUCAAAGCUGGUACCGACUUCUGGGGUUUGACUACAGAGGACGAAGAUAUCAAAUCCUUUCCAGCUCCUUUAUCAUUCUGGUCUGUCAGUGAUGACCCAAGUUUCCUGGAAAGAUUUAAAAACCGUGUGAACAGAGCCGACAAGCUUUUGACUGUCACUGAAAGAAAGGACGUGGUUGACGAAUCGGUCUGGAUCAUCUGCAAGUGCAAACAAUUGACAGAAGAUCUGGACAAACGAACAAAACUCUACAGUGAAAAUUCGAUAUUGCCUUCCGCCCAAAUCACUCUUCCCUUUUCUUAAAGCCCCACUGCCAAGAUUAGAGUCCCGCAAUCUAACAUUAAUUGGUAAGACCAUUACAAGGAGAAAACCAGCAGUGGAAUCGUUCGCCCUCUUGACCUGACGUCAUAU